AUGUUCAGUUAUAAUGCUGAAUCAAAUGGAUAUGCUGUAUGGCAUGCAGUGUAUAAGGAGACAUUACCAGCCAUUGACGAGUUUUCUUUGGGUAAACUGACAAAACAUAAAAACAGGAAAAAGAAAUUGGGGUCUCAUCCAAAUAUAGUUGAAAUGUGUUUUGCUUUUGCUGAUCAAACACCUCUGCUUCCUGGUGCCUUCACUAACUAUCCACAAGCCCUUCCACUCCGUCUUUUGAGUGAUGGAUGUGGUAAAAAUAUGACUCUAUUUCUUGUUAUGAAGAGAUACAAUUGCAGUUUAAAAGAAUAUCUGAAAAGAAUAGAUGUUUCUGGUCACAGAGCAUGGCUACUGUUUACUCAGCUUUUGGAAGCUCUAGUACACUUGCUUCAAAAUUAUAUUACCCAUCGGGAUUUACAGACUGACAAUAUUUUAUUAGAUUUCCAGUAUGUACCCUCCUCUUCUAGACUUGCAAUAACUGACUUUGGGUGCUGUCAUGAAGGCUUGGUUUACAAUUCAUAUGAUUCUGUUGAAAGGUUGCAUUCCACUUUGAAAACAGUAUCGAAAGCUUUGUGCUUAGAAAACAGAAAAGAUUGGAAAGUAAUUAGUGUGAAUUCUGAAACCAACCAUACCGUAGAGAUUCCGGGUAAGCAUAACAGUGAUACCAUUUGUCAGGGGAAUUUGAUUCAACCUUAUUAG